CCUCACUAUCAGCCUGUGCUUUGAUGUGACACGUGAAACUCGGUGCCGAUGCUGGCUCAUAACUGCCCAUCCAUCCUAGUACUUUCACCCACUAUGCCCAAAGUUAAGAAGGGAUGUCAUCUGCUGAAGCAUGCAACUUCAAAUGUGCGGAAGAAGCUGGCUCUGCACUCUGAGCUGGGGUCAGGCCCCACUUCUGCGCUGGAAUUGAUAGAUACACACCUCCAGUCCACUUCCACGCAACGGAACUAUAGCUCAGCAAUAACCAAUGCCAAGAAGUGGUUGGAAGAGAAUUGCCUCAAGUACAGUAACCCACUGUUGUCAUCCCCUGAGGAUCCAAAUCCGGAGGCAUAUCUCUUUCAACACAAGGAUGCUCUCCUUGCUUUCGACAAACCUGUGGAAAUUACUGCCAAACUACUGGCUGCAUACAUCACAUUCCGCGCUACUGAUCAGAACAAGUCUGUCUCAACUGUAGACAUACUCCGCUCCGCAUUCAAGUGGCACUUCAGGAAACUAGGAUUUGAGGGCACUUGGCAUCCGCACCCUUAUCCUGAAAAGUGCCAGGGAAACCCAUGUGAAUCCAGUCUGAUCAUUGACCUUGUCAAAUCUGUGAAGAAUUUGCGCGCAUCUGAGGGAACUAUCCGGAAUCAUGCAAGGGCAAUCCAGAUUAGCGACAUUAAGGCUAUUCAGGCUGUCACUGCUACUCAAUGUCCUCCAGACCUGAUUAGCAAGGCUCUUGACCCUAGUAUUCCCAGCGAGUCCUUCACCCUUAAACAACGUGACAACAUCCGCUCCCACCUCAUGUUGUGUACACUAACAUCUUUGGGCUGGACUCUAUGGACAAGGAAUGAAGAGCUCACUUCAAUCCUUAUUCAGCAUCUUGAUUGGGGACACAAGGAAGUCAGUCACAACCUUCCACACCUGCGCGUCACCCUGGUUAACCGCAAGGGCUGGCAAAAACAGAACCAUAGUGAUGAGUCUGGCUGCCAAGGGACACGGUAUAAUAUCUAUCCCCUCUAUGGCAUGGACACAUUUUCCCAGCAUGACGGACCCAAUGUGACUCCGGAGCUUGAUGCAUAUUGCCAUUACUGGUUUGCUCUUGCACCGGUUUUCAGAAGGUGGCCACUUCAUCAGUGCCAGUGGUGGGGUGGGUGGGCACCUGGAGAAAAUGCUCUCACAAUAUUCCAGCCAUCUACACUCCUCAAAUAUGCUAUGGAUAUGCUGAUCACCACAGAAACAAACUAUGGCGACUCACUUGCCCCGGUUCACAUUGACAACUUAGAGUCUCAAAAUGGAGCGAUGUCGCAACUCAAAGCAAUGACUGCAGAAGAAGCCCGCUCUCAGUUUGGCCACCUGGGUGAAUACAUGGGCCGCUUUGAGGAACGCAUGGGCCGGUAUGAGGAACACAUGCACCACUUCAGGCAUGGGCUCCGAAGCAUUGAUGACAGAUUUGCUUCAUUCCAAGUCUCACUGGAUCAACUCAGGCACACGAUAGGCUAUCUUAUUCCUCCUCACCCUGUUGCCUUCCACCACCAUGUUACUGUUCAGCCAGGAGGACCCACUCAGUCAAUGUGGCCACAGCCAACCUUACCCAGUGCUGCUCCCCCCCUUCCCCCCCUCGGCCCCGUCGCUUCCUCUCCACUUGCCCAGUCUCUAUCCCACCCUCCAUCAGGCUCCAGUCGGCCCCAGGAGCACCACGAUGAUGAUGGCCGACCCGCUCCGGGUGCUGAGCACACCACCAUUCCCCCAGUCCGCACACUUAAGGAUGCCAUUAAACAAUGGCUGCAUGGGGAUGAGAAUGAGCUCCGAGUGCCACUGAAGAACUGGAAGCGGGAAUGGUACACUGGCAAGCACUCGAGCACACAUGGAGUGACAUAUGGCAAGCGCCGUCGUGUUGGCCAGAAAUAUGACGAAAUGGGUGAGGCGGAGUUCCUGAAACACUAUGGACUGAAGAUGAGCGACAAUUUCGGUACUGCACUUGAAAAGAUUGGAGUGGAAGGGAAAAGAGACGGCACCAUCAAGAGUCAUCACACAUACCAUUUGCGAGAGAUCAGCGAAGAGAUCUGUGCAUGGCUAGAAAACCUCACGGCCCAUACAUCCUCUGAAAACCAUCCGUUGGAGACGGGACCGACAGUGUCCGAAAGCGCUCGAACAUUCGCGGAAAUUCAGCGAGAAAAUCCGGGCAUGGCUAGGAAAUCUCACGGCGCGUACCUGGCUCAAAAACCAUCUGUUGGGGACGAAAUCUCACGGCGCGUACCUGGCUCAAAAACCAUCCGUUGGGGACGGGACCGAUGGUAUCUGAAAGCGUUCGAGCAGGGUAACCCAGCGGGAAAUUUCACCGAAUUUUUGUCAUCGCUUUCUACUGGACUGGAGAGCGGGGCUCGAGUCGAGCAGAAUGGGAUCGACGACGACGGCGGCGGCGAAGCGUCAGAAAGGGGCCGUGCGCGCGAUUUGCAUGUUCUCCCAACCGCUCCUCCAAAUGGGACGGCACGGCCCACGAGCGAAUCCAACGCCAUCAGCUUCGUCCGAAACCGCGAGGAUGGGAUGUUGUGGGCGAGGGAGAUACAGCGCGUUCGGGGAGCGGGGGAGGGGAUGGCUACAGCCCAGCCCUGGGGAACGGCAGAGAUCGAUCGUCAGCGAGAGAAAAAACAAAAAAAAAAAAAAGGUAAUGGAGAAAGGGAAAGAAAGAGUGCACCGCACUCACUUGUCUUCACUCUCGUGCUGCCGCAAGUACUUACUCCGUCAGUGAGGCGAGGCGAGGUGCAGGCGGCAUGA